AUGGUUCCCCUGCCUCUUUUCAAGCUUGCCGCUCUGUUUGUGCGGCACAUCUCCAAAUAUGGCGCCAACCGGAUAAAGAUGCAAGCUCACGACCACCCACGGUUCCGAGCAUUUGCGGCGAAGUACGGCCAAGUUAUGCACCAAAUCAAUAUGCGACUGUCGGUAGCAUCGAUGAGAAACAUACAAAAGGAACUCAAGGCAAAAGACAAGGCAGAGGCUCCCACGGUCAAGACGAAAGAGCAGACUGAAAAGGAAGAAGCAGCGAAGGCGGCCGGGCAACAUCAGUCCAUUGUUGAGCCAAAGAAGAGCAUAUGGCGUCGCAAGUUUAGGCCGCUUCCGGAAGAAAAGGCUGUGGAUCUGUUUGCGGAUGUGGUUGGUGAUGCCUUCAUCCUGGCCGUCGCCUGUGCCCUCAUCAUAUACGAGUAUCACCGAUCAUCCGCCAAGCCCGAUGCCAAUACAGAAAAGAUAAAAGAGCUAACCGGUCAGCUUGAGGAGUUGAAGAAGAGGGGAGGGGAGUUGGAGGAGGAGGAGAGGAAGCAGGCGGCAAGAAUACAGACGCUGGAGGAGGCGCUGAGAAAUUACAAAGAUCCAAAGACGAAACAACCUCUUCUUCCUCUGCCUACAGCCCCGGCGGCUGAAGCAGUGUCAUGA